AUGCCGGGCUUAAUACGGCGACUUAUAACUCCUCAACGGUCACAACAAAAGACUCGACAGCAGCCGCAACAAAAUCAGAAUCAGAAUCAGAAUCAGAAUCAGAAUCGCAAUGGCGGCGAUCUUAGUGACUCGUGCGAGGACUUGAGUUCUUGCUGUGCCAAGAAGUCUACACAAAGGAGGACCAACACUACAAAGUCACGUCUUCCUGUGCCAAAGAAAAGCUCGGCCAUACCAACUCCAGUUACUAUUCAAAGGGUGCCCGAGAUCCAUCGUGUUGCUAAUCCAGUCCCUGUCCCUGCUCUGCCAACUCCUCGUUUAAGAGCUCCAUCCGUCAGCUCUUCUCGCUUUGAAGGACGAAAUGCAGCCCUUGAGGCCCUCACAGGCAGUCAUGCCACCAACAGAGGGCCGGCAUAUGUUUUUUGUCCGGUUGAGCACGGGCAAUCCCACCCACAUUCCUCCCAAUCUUCGCGGUACCUGCGCCCCCCUCGUUCUAGGAAUGACAACUAUGGUUCUGUCAAUGACAGUAGCUCACACCAUGAGAGGGUCUCGCCCGAGGCUUCGAUUCUUUCUUUGUCGGACCAUGGCGCUGACGUUUACGAGGCCGAGCCAACCAGCUGGCAGCCUGACCAGCCUGUGUACGACGGUCAAAGCCUUGGCUCGUCAUCAGACAGCGUUGACCGUCUAUUUCGUGAGACUGAUGAGGCAUUCAAAGCAUUAGGCUCUGCACUUAGAGAGACCCAGCGUGCAUCGCAAUUGUCAAAUCUACCUCCACCACCAUCACCACCUGGAAUACCUACACAACACAAACAUUCCAAAUCCAUGCCUCUACCAGCAGGCUUUCAAAAACAUUCGAGAUGGAGAGGCGAGGAAUCGUCCUCCAUUUCCUCCCACCGGUCAUCCCCAGACAGGCGGAUAUCGGUGGUCAAGAAACCUCAAAGAAAGAAGCAGAGUUUUGUUGGACAAUCCUUUUCCAAGGCGGCGACCCUCACUCCACGAUGGACCUUGUCAGAGAAUAUGACGGAUAUUCUAACGGGUCAGCGUUUCAGGCGCAUCGAGGCUGAUGAGAUGCUGACACCCGAUCGCAUCGAGGCGUUGCGAAGGAAACGAGAAGCGGCGCAACAACUAGACGACGAACGUGCCGAGGAACGUGCCAGAGAGCGGCACUCAAUUGAAUCGAUCCGGAGUGACGCUUCAGACAACUCCGAGACAGAUGUCGAGCCAUUUCAUCUCGACGAAUUGGCAUCUCGGAUAAGAGCGAGACAGGCUACAGAAAACACGGCUGUUCCGGUCGAACCAAUACUCGUGACCCCCGAGCUGACACCUGAUCUGGAUUCCUUUCCUCUGGAUAUCUUGAAAAACAAGCCUGUGGUGGAAGACAGCGAAUCUAUUCGAAGUGUCCAUGAUAAUAGCGACGCUUCACCAGACACCUCGCCUCAACUUCCAGUCAAAAACCCGGCGCGAGCCGGCACAGAAACUAUUGACUUACUACCAUCAAUACCGGAGGUUUUGGGAGAUGUGGCAGCCAAGUUGAAACCUAAGUCGCCGAGUGAUGAACCAGCCGCUGACCCUCCGAAGCCGGCCAUUGAGGAGACAGACGAAUACUAUUACUUGAAGAGCACACCUUAUACACUCACAAAACCCUCUUUCCGUCAUGGGCCCAUCACCUUGGCCAAGGCUGAAGUGGAAAAAGGAAUAAAAAAGAUGGACGAUACACUGGACUGGACAGCAUUCCAGAUGGCGAUUUUAGGAGGAGCCGGAGAUUUAUUCCAAGAUAUGUCCGUCGACGAGGACACCAAACAGGUGGAAGAAAUAACGUCAUGGUUCGACACAUUCGGUUUUGAGACAUAUGGGGUGCUGGUACCUGGAGACGUGCCUGAGCCCGAGCCAGAAGCUGAGCCAGCCCAUGUGCAUGCGCAAGCGACACCAUCGCUACGGUCUUCAUCCCAUAGCACUUUCUCGUCAACGCCUUCCACCAUCGACACAGAAGUUGACCUUCCGAUCCCGGUGGGUGCUGAGUUUCCCUCCGGGUUCUGGAACGCCCCGGCGCCCGGUCAGGAUCUGGACAAAGCUAAGUUUUUCAACAGUACAGGGCUAAAACGAUGGGUUGGCGAGGGACGCCCCAAGCGCCCGACUUCACACAGCGAGGACGAGGAAAGCCUACCACCGAGCCCGAUGAUGCCUCUCGUGGUUCAUAUGAGCGUUGGCGAAGCCGAUAUUCCGGAUACGGUGCCGAUGGGUUAUAACCUUCAUCACGACCUGGGUGACUUUUUGAAAUGGGAGGCGGAGAAUGUGUAUGCCUCUGGGUUUAGCAAGUCGCCUUGA